UUGUCAUGAAUAUUGUUUUGCGUAAACGUAUUUGUUCAAGUUAUCUUUUUCUUGAAUUUAUUCUAUUUUUGUUCGGGCAAAGUAUUGUUAAAGCAAUGUCUGUUCAAACACUUUUCAAGCAGCAAUGUAUUGUUCCGGAUGUACUCACAACUGCUCCAUCAGAGUUAUUGGAUAUUCAAUACCCUAGCGGAGUUCGCGUGGACAUGGGUAAGGAACUUACUCCAACGCAAGUAAAGGAUAAGCCUGUUGUGAAAUGGACACCAAAGGAAUCCGAAUAUUACACUUUAGCUAUGGUUGAUCCUGAUGCACCAAGUCGUGAAAAUCCUAAGUUCAGAGAAUGGCAUCAUUGGCUUGUCGGGAAUAUUUUUGGAGGAGAUAUGAACAAAAGUGAAGUUUUAUCUGAUUAUAUUGGAUCUGGCCCACCAAAAGGUACAGGACUUCAUCGCUAUGUAUUCUUGUUAUAUAAACAGCCAGAGAAAUGUGAUUUUUCAAAAAUAUCAAAACUCCCAAACAACUCCGGAGACAAGAGAGGAAAGUUUUCCAUUGCAAAAUUUGCUCAACAAUAUAAACUAGGAACGCCUGUUGCCGGAAAUUUUUACGUUGCAAAAUACGACGAUUAUGUUCCAAAAUUGUAUGCCAAAUUGAAGGGCUAAUAAUAAUAUAACG